AUGCGCUUCUCGUCGUUAUCCGCGGUAGCCUUGAUGGCUGCCGCUGGGGCUUACGCUGAAGAUGCCACCACAACGGCACCCAUCCCUGCCUGCACGGCCGUGUCCUCGACCAGCAACGGCGCAUUCUUCGACCUGCGGCCCGACAUUGCGCAAAAGGCGGCCGGAAAGGCUGCGCGCUCCAUUACCAAGGACUACCACGCGCGCGGCUACGACUAUGGCAAAAACUUUACCCUCAACAUCUGCGAGCCCGUCGUGGCGCCGGUCAAGGACGUUGUCGGCGUGUCCAAGACGCUGUGGAGUAACGUCAGCGCAUACUAUACAUACAAGGACAAAGUAUACUCAAUAGGCUCCUCGUCGCUCGACUUGCAUAGCCGCGGCCGCAAAUUGGUACUUCGAUACGGCGACGGCUCGCCGUGCGAAACAAAGUCUAACAAGAGCGCCCGCGACCAGAAGCCCGCGGCCGGCGACAAGGACAAGGACAAGGGCUCCUCGCGACGCAAAUCUACCGUCAUCUCGUUUCUCUGCGACCGCGACUCUGGCAGCUCCCAGGCCGCCUUUUCCUUUGUCGGCACCGACCCGGACGAGUGCGCCUACUUCUUCGAAGCCCGCUCGUCGCACGCCUGCGCGCAGGCGGAGCCGCACAAACGCGGCAACGUAGGCCCGGGGAGCGUCUUUGGCCUCAUCUUCGUCAUUGCCGUCCUCGUAUACGCCAUCGGCGGUGUCUGCUACAACCGCACCGUCGCCCACGCCCGCGGCUGGCGCCAGCUGCCCAACUACAGCCUUUGGGCUGGCAUUUGGAGCUUUGUCACAGACAUGUUUGUGAUCCUAACUUCAUCGUGUACCCGCUUCCUGCCGAGCAGGCGCGGGUACAGUAACGUCAGCCAGAGCUACAGCAGCAACAGAAACUCGGACGCAGAGAAUCGAUUGAUAGAUCAACUCGACGAGGAAUGGGACGACUGA